UCAUUAAUUGACAACAAAAGUCGUGGAACAUGGACCACAGAUAAGGAAAGAAAGAUGAACAAGAUUUCUUUGGUUAGAUGUCAACAUUAGAUUUGAGUGGGUACUAUUUUGCAAAUGUUCCAAAUUCUCUUUUUGCCUAUAAGAAGACACUAGGGUUUCCCUUCAUCCAAGUAAGAAGGGGGUGAAGGGCUAACAAACAGGAGCAUUCAGAUUGCAAGAUGCACUUAAGGUAGCUUUCUAGAAUUAGGUAGCUGACAACACACAAGAUUUGUGUCAGGUACUUGCAGUUUUCCGAUCACCAAUAACAGAGGAGAAGAGAGAAAGGGGCAGAAAAUGUAUCAUCCUUACCCAAGUAAGAACAGCAUCCUUCCUGCUAGGGCAGCCUUUCCUCCAGAGAGACAUCUUUUGCUUCAAGGAGGAAACGUACAGGGUGAUUCAGGAUUAAUCCUAUCAACAGAUGCCAAACCUAGAUUGAAAUGGACACCAGAGCUUCAUGAACGAUUUAUAGAAGCAGUCAAUCAACUGGGUGGAGCAGAAAAAGCUACCCCAAAAACGGUCAUGAAGCUAAUGGGCAUUCCAGGACUAACCUUAUAUCACUUGAAAAGCCACCUCCAGAAGCACAGGCUUAGUAAGAAUCUCCAUGCUCAAUCUUGCAGUGGAGCAACCAAAAAUGUCAUAGGUUGCACAGUGGCCACAGAUAAAGCAUCUGAAGUUACAGGAUCAUUAAUGAGCAAAACAAACAUUCCUGCUCAGACGAACAAUUCCAUGCAGAUAAGUGAAGCACUUCAGAUACAGAUUGAGGUCCAGAAACGGCUACAUGAACAACUUGAGGUGCAAAGACACUUGCAGCUCCGAAUAGAAGCUCAAGGAAAAUAUUUACAAUGUGUUCUGGAAAAGGCCCAAGAGACACUUGGAAAGCAAAACUUGGGUCCUCAGAGCCUGGAAGCUGCCAAAGCACAGAUCUCUGAAUUGGUCUCCAGAGUGUCCAAUGAAAGUCUGGGUACUGCAUUUCCAGGUUUCAAAGACCUCCCUUUAGAGACCCUGCAAGCACAAAUGGCACAGCUUGCUGACUUUUCAAUGGAUAGCUGCUUGACCUCUGUAGAAGGAUCUCAAAAGGACCAAGAGGUCCACAACCUAGAUACAGGAUUGAGAAUUCAUCAAGCUAGAACACCCCAAUGCUUUGGGGAGAAUAUCAAGCUUGAGCAGCCUAAUAAUGCAUGGGAUGGAAACACAACAGUGCAUGAUAUAGUCCCUUCAACCAAAUUGAGAGAUUCAUCCAUGACAAUUUUCCCAGUCAAGAUGACUGCAACUAGUCCAACGAUCAGCUUUAAAACGAAAAGCGAGAAAGAAGGAAAUAACAGCAUUUCUAAUGCAUGGCACAAAGAAAGAGGCUUGGAUGAUCUUUCUCAUUAUGAACAGCCACUACGCGAUAGACCAGUGAUGCAACAAGAGAAACAAAGGCAAUCAGAUGCAUAUGGACUGCCAUGCCAAACAGCACAACUGGAUUUAAAUGUUGGUGAUGACAAUCUUUCUCUUUCAGAUUGUAAACAAUUUGACUUGAAUGAUUUUAGCUGGAGCUGAAGGAUGCCAAACCAGAAAGAAGAUAGUAAUUAGUAGGUGAUGAGUGUAUGGAAAGCUAUUAUAUAAGCACCUGCUACAGCCUUCCAUAUAUAGUUCAACGUAGAAUCAGUUGAUAACAGUCUUCCUUGUCCAGAAAUUGCAGU